CGGGCAUGUGAUUCGCUAUUGUCACUAUUACAAACCCCCUGAUUGGCUGGAUUAUUAACCUAGGAAACGGGAAACUCGAAGUGUGCGAGUGUUUGCCUGACAGCUCUCAAGGUAAAGGAUGGUCGUCACCUGAACAACAAGUGGGAAGAAAGGGAAACAAUCGCAAUCUUUUAACCUCACCGAAGCACACUGCUAUUUUUAAGGAGAAAUCCAUCAUGGGUUGCUUCUUCUCAAAGAAAUCCAAGAGAAAAGCAAAAGAGGAGCAGACUCCGACGGCUUUGGAGUCGAACGCGGGCAGCAACAGCGUUCCCCUUGGCAGUAGCAGCGACGAGGCUCCCAAGCAGUACAGCUGGGAUACACGCGAGAAGGUUGACCCUAAGGACUACAUGCUGAACGGUCUCAAGGACACCACGGUGGGCCGGCUGCCCGGCACGCUGAAGGGCCAGCAGCUGGUCAUCCAGGACUGCGAGAACUGCAACAUCUUCGUGUUCGACCACUCGGCCACUAUCACGGUCGACGACUGCGUCAACUGCCGCAUCUUCCUGGGCCCCGUCAAGGGCAGCGUGUUCUUCCGUGACUGCAAGGACGUGCACUGCGUGGUGGCGUGCCAGCAGUUCCGCACGCGCGACUGCAAGAAGAUGGAGGUGUUCCUGUGCUGCGCCACGCAGCCCAUCAUCGAGUCUUCCACGGGGAUGCGCUUCGGCUGCUUCCAGUUCUACUACCCCGAGCUGGCCUUCCACUUCAAGGACGCGGGCCUCAGCAUCUUCAACAACAACUGGAGCAACGUGCACGACUUCACCCCCGUGUCGGGCGAGAACAACUGGAGCCUGCUGGCGGAGACGGCGGCGGUGCUGGACUCGGUGCCGCCGCCCGGGCCGGAGUCGGAGUUCAAGGCGGUGCGCGUGUCGGGGGACGCGUCGCGCAGCAUCGUGCCGCUGACCAGGGGCGGGCGCCGGAAGGACAGCGAGGAGUCCUGCCUCUUUGUGUUCUUUGCGGGAGACUACACGACCGCCAACGCUCGCAAACUCAUCGACGCGAUGAUUGAGAAAGGUUUCCUGUUAAUCCAGACCAAGGAGGUGGCCAUGAGACCUGAAGACGUGAAGAGGGUUUUCCAGAACGACAACGCUGAUCUGCUGGAGUGGAGCACCAAAGGUUCCGUAACUGCGCUGGAGUUGAAUGGAGACGGGGUGGUGGAUGCCUGCAGGACGAUCGCUAACGAGGUCUUCAAUGGAUCCAAGGUGUUUGUUUCGGAAAACAAGAGUACUUCUUCACGGGACGUUGACAACUUCUUCAAUUUUGCCGACAUGCAGAUGGGCUUGUGAGCGUGAUGCGUCGAACAAAUUGCACAUCGAACAUUUGAAUGAUUUUCUGUAGAAAGCCCAAAUGACUGGUACGGAAGGUUAGAAUUAUGAUUAACUUUCCGUGUCUGCUGUGUAAAGAUUCUUCAGAAUGGGAAUAUAAUAUAAAAAUUGAAGAUGCUCCCUGAAAUAUUUUUUUAUAAGAUUCGAACCUCUGGUACUAGUCUUUGAUGAUAGGUUUGAUAAGGGAAAAGCUUUAGAGAUGAAUGCACAAUUUUUGCAUUAAUUUUUGCAUUAAACAAACUGGUACCCCCCCCCCCCCCAUUUGCUGUAAACCACUGUCCGCAUUGUAGUCAAAUAAUGUGAAUAUUUUAAAUGAAUGUAUUUGAUACUUUUAUUUUUUUUUAUCCACUAUGUGAAUGUAAGUUUUAUUGUAGGCUUUUAAUUUUAAAAGUUCUGUUGACUGAAAAGAACAAAUGAAAAUACUGCAGUGAUAAUAUACACAGAGAAAGCCAAGAGGGAAAGUAUUUAAUAUAAAAUAUUCAGUUUUCUUAAAAAAAUUGCAGGUUUAGGGAUGUUUGUUUAGAUUUUGUAUUUGCUUAGCAGUUCACAUGUUUAGUUGAAACUGUGGUUGCAAAGGGCCGUUUGAAUAAUGGGCCCUGUAUGUAUUUAUAUUUAGGUCUGUUUAAGUUUUUGUUUUGAGACUAAAGGGUACCGAUAACAUGUUAUAGAUUUUGCUGGGAUGCUAGCGUAGGCAAUUCAUGUAGCCUAAAGUUUUAUACUCUAAAAUGAAUGUUUUGUAAGGUAAACAAAUGUGUUGUUCAUAAGUCUUUUUGGUAAAAAAAAUUGUCGUACAACGUCA